GGUGGACUCGGGAGGAGAAGAGGGAGAUCUGAGCGGCGCAGCGGAGGCGGCGGCGGUGGGCGGCAGUAGACUUCGAGACUGUGGGGAAGAAGAGGGAGAGAAAUUCAAUGAAGAACUGGUCAAGAUUCCAAAUUAAAUCAACAUUUUAAUAUCUGGUGACUUGAAUACAAAGGAGGGAAGGUAAUCAUGGAGAAUCUUGAGGAAAAUACUGCUGUCCUUUCUAGCCUGAGGACUUUGGAAGACUUCAUUUCAAAACCAGAUGUGGAAGGAGGAUCUAGCCUGAAUGUACAGUAUCAGCAGAGCAUGCAAUUGGAAGAAAGAGCUGAGCAGAUCCGUUCAAAGUCUCACCUUAUCCAGGUAGAACGGGAGAAGAUACAGAUGGAGUUGAGCCAUAAAAGGGCUAGAGUUGAACUUGAGAAAGCAGCAACAACCAAUGCCAGGAAUUAUGAGAGAGAAGCUGACCGCAACCAGGAGCUCCUGACCCGUAUCAAACAGCUCCAGGAGAGAGAAGUGGAAGUGGAGAAUAAAUUGAAGGAACAGACUGAAAUCAACAGGUCGUGUAAACAGAAUCUGGACACUGUAAAUAAGAAGCUUCAGGAGAAAGAGAACAAGUUAGCUGAAGCUAAUGAGACCAUCAGUGAGUUAAAGGGGAAAAUUUCUGAGUUGCAAUGGAAUAUAAUGAACCAGGAGAUGCAAGUGAAGAAUUUGGAAUCCCAGAAGCAGGAGCUGAUGGAGCAGUUAGAUGUGCAGAACAAAAAAUGUCAGGAAACCAACCAGAGAUUCCAGGAGCUCCAAGCAAGUCAGUGUCUUAUUGUUGACUAUGAACAGAAAAUCAAAGAACUAGAGCAGAAACUAUCACUGCAGGAGCAGGAUGCCGCCAUUGUGAAGAACAUGAAGUCAGAACUCGUACGAUUCCCAAAGAUGGAGAGAGAAGUGAAGCAACUAAGGGAGGAAAAUGCCUACUUGAGAGAAAUGAAAGAGAACAAUGGUUUGUUGAAAGAAGAAGUAGAAGGGCUUCAGAGAAAACUGGAACGUCAUGAGAAGCUACAGGAAGAUAUGGUGGCCUUGGAAUUAGAGAAGGAGAGACUGCUGGAAAAGCUGAAAAGCUGGGAGAGAACAGACCAAACCAUGGGCUUAAGUAUCAGGACCCCUGAAGAUCUCUCCAACUACAUUGUGGCCCUGCAACAGAGGGAGCUUGAAUUGACAGACAAGAGCACCAGCAUCACAAGCAGUGCUCGUAUAUUGGAAAAGAUGCGUCAGCAGUUACAAGAAGAUUUACUUAAGGUCCAGAGUCAACUGGUAGAUGAAAGGAAGAAGCGGGAGUACAACGAAGGCCUCGCUCGGCGUCUUCAGAAGCGAGUUUUCCUUUUGACAAAGGAGCGAGAUGUAAUGAGAUCUAUCUUGAACUCCUUUGAAAAUGAUCUGUCCCCAGCAGAGCACUCUCCCCAGUUGACCCUUCAAGUCCGUGAAGCUGAGGAAAUGGUGCAGAAUUUGCAUGCUCAUUCUGCUGAGAUGGAGGUUCAACUAUCUCAAGCCCUAGAAGAAUUAGGGGAACAGAAAGGAAGAGCUGACAUGUUGGAGGUGGAGCUGAAAAUCUUGAAGUCCCAGACCGGUUCAGUUGAUCAGAGCUUGUUUGUGUCCAAUGAUGAGUUGAAUGCCCUCAGGUUAAAGGUUGAGGAGCUGGUGACUGCACGAAAUCAGUUAGAAGAGGAGAAGAAAAAUCUUGAGAUGCAGCUUGAGCAAUUGACCCUCCAGGGUUACUAUGACCAGAGCAAAACAAAAGUGAUCCACUUGAGUAAGAAUCCAGCCAGCCUUGCCAAAGGACGGCUCAAGAUGGAGCAGCAGCAGCUGCAGGAAGAGUGCCAGCAACUCCAGGAGCUGGUCCGGGUCCUAGAAGGAGGUGGCUCCAUUCCCAACAAAUUGGAAGUAGUUGGAUGUUUGCAGCCUUCACAGGAGAUUUCAGAUCUGAAGAAGCAAUUGGAAAGUGCUGAACUGAAAAAUCAACGCCUAAAGGAGGUUUUCCAGACCAAGAUCCAAGAAUUCCGUAAAGUCUGCUAUACCCUGACAGGCUACCGUAUAGACUUCACCACCGAGAACCAGUACCGCCUCACCUCUAUGUAUGCAGAGCACAAAUCAGACUGUCUCAUUUUUAAGGCCUCCAGCCCCUCAAGAACCAAGAUGCAACUUCUGGAGACAGAGUUCUCUCGCACCAUCCGUGAGCUCAUCGACCUCCACCUGCUGCAGCAGGACAGCAUCCCUGUGUUCCUCAGCUCAGUGACCCUUGACCUCUUCAGCCGCCAGACAAUCACCUAAGGCAGCCUGCCUUGUUGGGAUUCCAGUGCCUUAAGCAGCCCAGAGGCCACAGAGCUUUAGCCUACCCAUACCCCCACCCUCCACUCCCCUCCUCAUUGUACUCCCUCCAAAGGUUUAAAAUAUCCCCCAUUUUCAAAUUGAUUUUAUUGAAAAGGAUAAGGAGAGAGCAGGUGACCUUGCUUUUUUAGAUCCCAUUUGUCUCACCUCUCACUGAUGUCCCAAACAUCCUUUCCUGUCCGACUUGACCUAAUCCUGUCACCUUAGUUUUUGAUAUAUACAUAUCACCAUCUGUCGCUUCCCCAGAUAUUACCGCAGAACAGUGCACACUGCUAUCUCCAGGGCCUCCUCUCUUUCUCCAUCCUCUUUCCUGGGUUGUUUUCCUUGGCCCCAACAGAUGGUGAUAGCCCCAGAAGCUAAUUGAUGGCAUCUAUGAGCCCAUUCCUCAGGGAUCUCCCCCAUUACGGGCACUAGCAGCCCCCCAAAACUUAAAUCACUUGCAAGAACAGACCCACCUCAAUGCAGGUGACCUCAGGGGCCUUAAUUUCUUGUUCUUUGAGGUGACACCUUAUCAAGACCCAGUAAAAGAUCGCCUCCAAUCCAGUACUUAUCCGUGGUUAUCCAGGUCUCCUCCUCUCACUUCAGCGUGCCUUAUAGAUGGAGUUUUUUAUCCCGUCUGGUCUUCAAGCCAGAAUCUAGAAGGUUGAGGGGUGAAGCGAUUGCCCUGGGACCCUGUGGACAUUCCCCCCACCCCCCACCCCAGCCUUUGCCACCCCCAUCACUGCAGUCCCACCCCUCCCUACCCCCAAGAUCUGCCUCCUCCAUCAGCCCAGCCUGGGAAUCUGGGAAAUAUUAUCUACUGCUGAAGCAUUUGUUUAUCAUUGCACAAUAAAGUUUUCUUCC